AUGAGGUUCUUAACAAUCCUUUUUCUUCCGAGUGUAGCGUUUGCAAGUCGUAUUAACCUUAAAGCUGCUUCAACCAACGCAGAAUUUGAUAUGCUGCUCAAAGAUUCAAACUUGGACCAAUGUUACCAGAAUCAAUGUGGGCCAAUACGUGAAAAGUUACAAAAUGAUUGUUAUAAAAUCAUCAAAGGCAAGCAGCCCAACUCAAUCGAUAUAGAUACUGCAUUUAAGUACAGCAACUGUGUGUGUCAAUCAAUUGACUACAUUCAUGACCAUCUCGACUGUGCGGAUUGUAUGAAUAGUGCAGGUGUUGGUGCUGAAAAGAACUUAACGGGAAAACUUGAGCAAAUGUGUGUCGAUGUAGAUGCAGAUCCAGAAAACACAGAGGAAGACAAAUCAUCAAGUGUUGCCAACGUUUUUCCAGUUACACUCUUAGCAUCUUUCUUUGCAGCAUUCGCAGCUUCUUUAGGUACUCAGCAUUCGUUAAUGAUCAGACAAGCAAGUGUUUCAGCCCAAGAGCUAAUCGACAACCCACAAUUAGAGACAUGCUAUGAGAAUCAAUGUGCACCUAUUCGUGAAAAAUUACAAAGUGAUUGUCUCAGUAUUUUAGAAAACUCAGAUCCAGACAAUAUGGAUGAAAAAUCUUCCUUAGAAUACAGUACCUGUAUUUGUGAUAGCUUUGACUAUGUCCAGCAGAAUUCUGAUUGUGAUAGUUGCAUUCGGGAGAAUGAUGGCGGAACAACAGAUGAAGUUGGCCACUUUUGCACAGGUAUCCGUUCACUUUCUGACGAUGAAGAUGUCUCAUCGAGUAUUUCAAACAUUCCUCCAGCUAAAUUUGUAGCUUCUUCUUCGGCAUUUGCAGCUUCUAUUGGUUCACAAAAGCCUAUUCUAGCCAGAUAUAGCUAUCAAGACAUUGGAUCAUUGCUCAAACAACCUGGUGUUUCGCACUGUGCCGAGAAUCAGUGUAAACCAGUGGACGACAAAAUACAAAAUGAGUGUUCAAAGAUUGUUGGGGACUUCGAAGCACCCGAAAAUAUAGACAGAGAACUUGCGCUAAAAUACUCGUUCUGUGUUUGUGAUGCUCUCGCUUAUGCUAGAGCAGACUCACCAUGUGGUGUUUGCCUCGAUGAGGGUAUUGAAGAUACUACUGAUGAGAUCGAAACAUUCUGCAAGCCGUCCUUUGAAAAUCCAGAGCUUGGCAAUGAGUAUCGAGAUUAAGUAGGUAUGACGAUGGUACGAUAAGGACAAAAAACGUUUUUAUCAAACAUUGUUAUAUUUUUACUUUUGUCACUUGAUAGUAUACUAACUGACGAUGUAUUAUCAUUCUUCCUUUAACGACUUUGAUGAAUGUUGCAUAAUUAUAGUGCCGUAAAUCAUUGGAUUACAUUGAUGCGCCAAUUAUCUGUUUGUCGAAUAAGUCUUGUAGAUUUAUACUAAGUUCUACUAUCUUAUUUGCAGCUUCACUUGACUCCCAGACAAUGUUAUUAGCUAGACAUGUAGAUCCAUAUUAUAAGGAUUCGAUCAAAAGUCUAUUAUUGGAAGGCUACACUUUAACAUUCACUGAGAAAAUACGGGACAUCCAACUUAUCAUCACAAUUCAUCCAGAGUCAUGAACUUCCAAUUUCCUUUUAGAGAUGAUGACAUGUAGAUCUUUCAGAAAAGUUUCAAGUAACAAUCUUAAAGUAUGUUUGAUAAAAUAUUAUAGUGCCGUUAAUAAAUUAGUUUCCUAACUUUUGCUGAUUUGGAAAACAUGUCAAGUUGUCUAGAUGAAAAUGUUCAGCUUUUGCUCCUGAUAAAUCUAAUUGUAUUUGGUAUAAUAUUGUUGACAAUACUGUGUAUUUUUUAACCUAGUCAACUUUUUCGGACUCUCAACAGCAACUAUCCGGAGCAUUUCACGACAACAAACGAUCUAGCAGUGGGUACUAUUCGUGGCUUUCAACACGCAUUGGCUUGGUUGGAACUAUCUUGAAGAUGGCAGCAUCGUCAGACUUGUGCAAUUUGGGUGAAGCUUCGAGAGUCCCCCCGUGCAUCUGUCGACCUUGUCAACCAAUUGUUAAAGAUUUACAAGCAAUUUGGUCAUAGCGCUUAGUAUUGUUGCGCGUUUAACUGUGAAUCAUCCUCGAAACAAUAUUAUUACGGCAUUUUAAAUCAAUCGGAAGUUAUCACUGAGCGUCGACUGGUUGUCGAAGAUAAAACACGCUUGAUGAAUCUCCUGCCAUGGAAUAUUCUAAUUUCCUUGUGGAAUAAUCAAGUAUGUUUAUCGAGGUUGUUUUAAUAAUGACGGAAAGUCUUAGCACUCUAAUGUGAUGUACUAAAUAAAACACAAUAUCGAUGAUACCGACACUUUCUGUGUAUUUGAGCUAUAAAACCCCCAGGAUAGUGAAUUAUAGUGUACUUGACAAUAUUUCUACCAUGUAAUGUGACGUAAAUUACCUUUCAUAGAUAUCGUAAAUAUUUCACUUGCUGUAGCAAAUAGCGUCUACCUAUUGACACCUCCAGCAAUGUUAAAUUAUACAUCCGGAUAUAUACACCCACGAAUAAUAUAUCAAUUGCGCUUCCGUCCGUUAAAU